AUGGCACCUCCACCUUACGAAUUGAUCGGUGCAACGGGGUGCCGCUAUCUUUUCAAAAAAUUGAUUCAGGAGAGACCGCAUCUCGGUCGUGUCUGGUUGGCAGAAUCUGGACAAAGCACAUUUGUCUUAAAGGACAUUCCUCAGGCUAUCUUCUCGAGCUUUAAUGAAGACAUACGUCCGCGGCUUCGUGAAAGCGCAUUUUUACGGUUACCACACGACACAAUCCCAGAUCAGCGUAUAUUCGUAUACAAAUACAUGGACGAUGACUUUCUGGACCUUGUCAGGAAAAAAAUAUCAACACAAGCCAGGAAACAGAUUCUAAAAGCCAGCUUGCAAGGGAUUGCUGAGUUGCACAGCCAUGACAUUGUCCAUUUAGAUAUCAAACCUGAUAACAUCAUGGUCAACUACCGCGGUAGUGGCUCACAAACGGUAGUUGAGCAGGUUCAAAUCAUCGAUCUGGAAAACGCAGCGUAUCUCCCUAAAGGAAGGUGUAUCAAAGGGAUGUUAGCUGGCAAUGAUAGCUGGCGCAGCCCAGAGGCCCAUUUCAAGGGCGAGCUUAAUAAGCCUUCUGACAUCUUCUCAUUUGCGACCGUGUGCAUCUAUGCGAUGCUUGGACAAGUCAUCUUCGGAGCCGACGAGGAUCUGCGAAAACAUGAAUCGCAAGGAGCAUUCCCUCACAUCAUUCGUCUGCAACGUCAAGUUUCUUAUUUUGGGGAUCCACAAGGAUUGAACGGACUCAUGACUCACGUUGGUGAUGAGGAAGUCAAUUGCCAAGUCUUGGGUCUUCUAUGGGAUGAUCGAUUGGCAGACUACCAUUCCUAUAGACCAUUCUCGGGCUGGCAGAAUGUCACUGAUAACGACUUCAAGGAUCUCAUUCAGAAGAUGACGAACUUGGAUCCUCAAAAGCGGAUAACAGCGCAUGAAGCGUUGAAACAUUCCUGGUUUGCUGGUUGUGAACCUCAUUAA